AUGGAAACUCGUGGGAUGGAAACUCAUGGAGAAGCCAUGAGCCAAGUCCGCAUGAAGAUCGGUGGCGGCAAGCGUCCUGGGACAGUGGCUGGCAGACCCACGACAUGGCCUGGAAGGUGGAGAACGAUUGGAGAAGCCAAGAGGACGGGUCAAGUCAACGAGGCUCGCCGUGGUUGGGGGCAAAACACGACCUUUGCGACCUUGGCCCGUUCUCGAGGAGACCAACCACACCUGGACGCCGUAGAAGAGCGGCGACGCCGCAGUCCGCCGCAGCUCCGCUCCGUCCGGCGUUCUUCGUCGUCGCCGCGACGGGAGCCGCGCUUCCCGUGA